AUGGAGCCUGUUAGUUUCACCGUCGGGGUCGUUGGGCUCGCCGGCCUCUUCAGCUCCUGCGUAGAGGCUGUGGACAAGGUGCAGACCUACCUGUCAUUCAGGACCGACUCGCAUGUGCUAGAUACCAGGUUUAAGGCUGCCAAGGUCCGCUUCGAGAAAUGGGGUCGGCGCGUCGGGUUCGAAGAAACGAUGCGGUCGGAAGACCAUCACCCUGCCCUCGACGACUGCGAUAUAUCUGCGGCGGUACAGGAUAUUUUCCAGAUCAUUACUACUCUCUGUGGUGCGAGCGACGCGUCUGUACACCGCACCAGCCGGGCCAUGACGCCAGGUGAUGACGUCUCGUUGGGCUCGCUCCGACCCCGGCCUCACGGCGCGAGGCGACGGAAGCUGGCUUGGGCGCUCUGGGGCAAGACGGAGCGCACAGAUCAGGUCGAGCUGUUCGAAAAGCUGGUGCAACAACUGCACAACUUGGUUCCCGUCGAUGCAGUGCAGGGUACACGGCCGGUACACGAACUGGACACCAGGCACACCGACAACCUCGCAUCAGGAACUUUCUCAGACCAUGCUUGGCCCGCUGAGCUGCAGCGGAUCCUCGCCCGGAUCGAAGAGGCGAACAGAGCCGAGACGCGACGGGUACUCCACUCCUGGCUCGGCCGCGUGUCCCCAAACGAACGCUACCAUGACUCCGUCCAGCAGAGGCUCGUCGGCACCUGCGACUGGAUCUUCCACCGGCCCGCAUUCCAGAACUGGCUCGACCAAGAAUUCCCUGCAGGCGCAAAGCUGCUGUGGAUCAACGGACCCGCGGGGUUCGGCAAGACGAUUCUCUGCGCGCACAUCGUCGAACACCUCUCGUCCACCCUCGAGACACCCGCCGCUCAUUUCUUCUUCUCAUCCGACCUCGAGAGCCGCGAAGACCCUUUCGUAGCCGUGCGGUCAUGGAUUUCCCAGGUCGUGUCGCAGCACGAGGGCGCGUUCGAGCACGUCCGCCAGAAAUGGGAGGCUGAUUCGGAUCCCGUCGCGACCCGUGCGAACGCCGUCAUGCUCUUCACACAGCUCCUCCACGUUGUUCCCGGCUGUACAUUCGUUGUCGACGGUCUAGACGAAUGCACCUACUUGGACAACAGCAGCACGUCGGUCACCCGAUUCCUCCACACUGUUACGGACGCGGUUGUUGGGACGAACACUCGCGUUCUCGUGGUCAGUCGCGCCGAGCCAGAGAUCCGACACGCCCUCACAGACGACACGCCUGAAAGCUUUGCCGAAUACGAGAUUGCACCCGAUGACGUACGAUCCGACACGGCCGCCUAUUCCAGAGACAUCGUCGACAGAAAAUUACCCAACAAGACCGACGAUGUCCGAUCGACCCUCUCCAAAGCAAUGACCGAUCAAUGCGAAGGCCAGUUCCUCUGGCUGAAGAUGCAGGAGAGAUCUUUGAGGAAAGGGAUGAACAAGAAACAGCUCCAGCACACCAUCGAAGAAACUCCGGCUGGGCUGGACCGAUUAUACGACCGAAGCUGGCAGAGAAUCACCCAGUCCCGAGACUGGGAGAGGCAACGUAUCUACGCCCUAUUGCGCUGGGCGGCAUUCGCACUACGGCCCCUGACAGUCUGCGAGGUCACCGAAGCCGUCCUUAUCGACGAAUCUGAAGACCUGCCGAUCGAAGAUCUCCCCGACGCUGUGGAUGACGACUACAUCGACAGCGAAAUAGUCGGUCUUUGUGGGCCUCUCUUGGAGGUCAGGAGCCAGCACUCGGACUCCUCCGCCAGCCUUCGAACAGUGCACCUAACGCACUUUUCCGUCAAGCAGUACCUGCUGUGUAAUCUCCCCACGCCUGGCUGGAUCCGGGAGAACGAGCGCUUGCGGGAUGAAUACCAAAACACCUUGCUCGCCAAGGCCUGUCUGCUCUACAUCAAUUUCCACCAAGUUUGGCAAGAU